AUGGACGCCACGCCCCGGCCGGAGGCAGAAUGCCUAGCUACCAUUCCCUAUAGCGAGUCUCCGCGUAUGCGUGCUGACGGGAAAUACAACCUUGUCUCGUCGAGAGCGGCGGGAACAGAGGAGGGAGAAGCUUCGCUCACGGAAGGAAAUUAUGACAAGGUUUUACUCAUCCGCCACAGAAAACAGAAAUGUACUGCUGAAACCUGCCUUGGCGACUGGGGCAUUUGUAAACGGUCGAGGCUCUGUUCCAACUCCUCUUGCUGA